GCGAUGUGACUCCACGCCGCUCGCUCGCUGGAAUAGCACCCUGCGUGACAAGUGACGGAUUUUACGCGCACUCCACGCCGUCCGGUUUUCCAAAUUCAAGGGGACACCGCGGCAGCGGCCAAUGCCUUUUACCAUGACUGUGGGAUUAAUAACGGUUUUGUGUGCUGUAACGACCGUUUUCGCGAUGGAAGAAACAUUAAUGGACACCCGGACCGCCACAGCAGAGCUCGGGUGGACGGCGUACCCUUCAUCAGGGUGGGAGGAAGUAAGCGGCUAUGACGAGAACCUCAACACCAUCCGAACGUACCAGGUGUGCAACGUCUUUGAGUCCAACCAGAACAAUUGGCUGCUCACCACCUUCAUUGCACGACGUGGCGCUCAGCGUAUCUACGUGGAGAUGCGUUUCACCGUCCGAGACUGCAGCAGCAUCCCGCGGGUGCCUGGAUCCUGUAAGGAGACCUUUAACCUGUACUACUACGAGACCGACUCCGUCAUCGCCACCAAAGGUACGGCGUUCUGGAUGGAGGCUCCGUAUUUGAAGGUGGACACCAUUGCGGCGGAUGAGAGCUUCUCACAGGUGGAUUUUGGUGGUAGAUUGAUGAAAGUGAACACGGAGGUGCGAAGUUUCGGUCCAUUGUCGAAAAACGGCUUUUAUUUGGCAUUUCAGGACUACGGCGCAUGUAUGUCCCUGCUGUCUGUCCGUGUGUUUUAUAAGAAAUGCCCUAGUGUCGUGCAGAACUUUGCGAUCUUUCCAGAGACCAUGACCGGGGCAGAGAGCACCUCGCUGGUGAUCGCUCGCGGGAUGUGCAUCCCAAAUUCUGAGGAAGUGGACGUACCGAUUAAGUUGUACUGUAAUGGCGAUGGGGACUGGAUGGUUCCGAUUGGGAGCUGCACCUGCAAGGCAGGAUUCGAGCCGGAUAACGGGAACGUCUGUCGAGCUUGUCCUCCGGGAACGUUCAAGUCCAGUCAAGGGACAGGUUUGUGUCUUCAGUGUCCGUCCAACAGCAGGUCCACAUCUGAAGCCGCCACUAUCUGCGUCUGCAGGAAUGGCUACUACAGAGCAGACGGAGAGCAGCCAGACAUGCCCUGCACCAGUGUUCCUUCUGGACCAAGAAACGUCAUCUCCAUUGUGAAUGAGACAUCUGUGACUCUGGAGUGGCACUCUCCGCGCGAGACAGGCGGCCGUGAUGAUGUCGUGUAUAAUAUUAUUUGUAAAAAAUGCCAGGCGGACCGUCGUUCCUGCUCCCAUUGCGAUGAUAACGUUGAGUUUCAGCCCCGGCAGCUGGGACUGACCGAAUCCAGAGUCUUCAUCAGUAACCUGCUGGCACACACUAUCUACACCUUUGAGAUCCAGGCGGUCAACGGCGUCACCAACAAGAGCCCGUAUCCUGCCCAGCAUGUCUCCAUAGACAUCACAACCAACCAGGCUGCUCCGUCCAUUGUUCCCAUAAUGCAUCAGGUCAGUUCAACGAUGAAAAGCAUCACGUUGUCAUGGCCACAGCCUGAACAGCCCAAUGGAAUUAUUCUCGAUUAUGAACUGCUCUACUAUGAGAAGGAGCUGUCUGAGGUGAACUCCACACAGGUGAGGAGUCAGACGAACACGGCUCGUGUGGAUGGAUUACGGCCGGGCACCAUGUACGUGAUGCAGGUUCGCGCCAGGACGGUUGCCGGUUUCGGCAAAUACAGCAGCAAAAUGUGCUUCCAAACCCUCACAGAUGAUGACUAUAAAUCAGAGCUAAGGGAGCAGUUGCCGCUGAUUGCGGGCUCAGCCGCGGCUGGAGUGGUCUUCAUUGUGUCUCUGGUGGCAAUAUCUAUAGUCUGUAGCAGGAAACGAGCUUACACUAAGGAGGCCGUAUACAGUGACAAACUCCAGCACUACAGCACCGGAAGAGGUGAGUUCGGGGAGGUGUAUAAAGGUCGACUGAAACUGCCUGGAAAACGAGAGAUCUACGUUGCCAUCAAAACACUGAAAGCAGGCUAUUCUGAGAAGCAGAGACGUGACUUCCUGUCCGAGGCAUCAAUCAUGGGGCAGUUUGACCACCCCAACAUUAUCCGCCUGGAGGGUGUGGUCACCAAGAGCCGACCGGUCAUGAUCGUCACAGAGUUCAUGGAGAACGGGGCACUCGACUCCUUCCUUAGGCAAAAUGAUGGGCAGUUCACAGGGAUCCAGUUGGUGGGGAUGCUGAGGGGAAUUGCUGCUGGCAUGAAGUACCUGUCGGAGAUGAAUUACGUCCACCGAGACCUGGCCGCCCGCAACAUCCUGGUCAACAGCAACCUCGUGUGCAAGGUGUCGGACUUCGGCCUGUCCCGUUAUCUGCAGGAAGACACCUCUGACCCCACCUACACCAGCUCACUGGGUGGAAAGAUCCCUGUGAGAUGGACCUCGCCGGAAGCCAUCGCAUACAGGAAGUUCACGUCUGCUAGUGACGUCUGGAGUUACGGUAUCGUCAUGUGGGAGGUGAUGUCUUUUGGCGAGAGGCCCUACUGGGACAUGAGCAACCAAGAUGUGAUCAAUGCUAUAGAGCAGGAUUACAGGCUGCCGCCCCCCAUGGACUGUCCCACUGCUCUCCACCAGCUGAUGCUCGACUGCUGGCAGAAAGAUCGGAACGCUCGGCCGCGCUUCACGGAUAUCGUCAAUACGCUCGACAAACUCAUCCGCAACCCCACCAGCCUUAAGGCAGUCGCCAGUAUACCCACUAUUCCGUCCCAGCCAUUGUUGGACAGGUCCAUCCCAGACUUCACCACCUUUAGUUCUGUAGAAGACUGGCUGGCCGCCGUCAAGAUGUCUCAGUACAGAGACAACUUCCUCAACUCUGGCUUCACAUCCCUACAGCUGGUCACCCAGAUGACUUCAGAGGACCUGUUGAGGAUAGGUGUGACUCUAGCCGGCCAUCAGAAGAAAAUCCUCAACAGCAUUCAGUCCAUGCACCUGCAGAUGUCCCAGUGCCAGACAGGCACAGUGCUGGCAUGACUACAGGGGGCGCCGGACGACGGGCCGGGCAGCUUGCGGAAGAAUUACCAGCGGGUGAGCCCAAUCCCAUCGGAGCGCGCCAGAAUAGAGACUAUCAUCCUGAUCUGAGAACGUGUUUCAGGAGAGGAACCAUUAUCCCAUAUCCAACAGACCAGAUCGGAACAGGACCGCCGGGACUCACAGGACGUCUGUUAACCCGUCGGCCGUUUGCCUCUUCAGUCUACAUUUACAGGGGAAACCGAAGAAGCGGAUUCUUUUUGUUCUCUUCUCAUCAUUAAUUACCUUUACGAUGCUUAUCCAGAAAUCACAGUGACUGCUCAGAUUCCGAGACGUCUAGCAUUGUUUUCUACAAGGUUCUUUCGUUCUUCUUUUUUUCAGUUUUUUUUCCACUAUAAACCUUCUAUCGUCACUGCUUCCCACUUACACUACCUGUCGAUCUCGGUAUGGCUGACGUUGCCAAAGGACAUCCUGUAUGCCUGCGUCCCAUCCCUAGGCCAUACGAGAGUAAAUGAUGUAUAUCUUUAAAUAAAUACGAGUUUAUCUUCAGAGUAAACCUUCAUAUUGAAGGUGAAGUGUAACGGACCUCUGUGUAAAUACCCUCUUCUUCUGCUUGCAUUUUUGGCAAUGUUGCGCGUUGGACAAGAACCGCCGAUUCUGCAGAACACGAACUCACUUACGUCAGCGCGACGCCACGAGAACAAUCUGGGAUGAACUCUGACUCUGUCGAUGUUGUGUAAAUAUCAGUUAGUUGUGUAUAAACUAGCGUUAAAAAGAUAUACUUUAGGUGAAAAAAGCUACGCAUUCAGGCCACUAAACAGUGUUUAUUGUAGGUGUUUCCACGCUGAUGAGCACUUACGUGUACAGCUUUUCUUUCUUCCACCUCUUCUUCUUCUACUUCUUGUAGUUGUUCUUGUUAGUUUCGUGUCAGAGUGUUUGAAUGCGUCGACUAGCGUUGGGAAGGUGCAUCGUCACCGCCUAAACUAGCUAAUACACUUAAAUGUAGUUCCACUGUUAAUAAGCUGUACUAAUGUUGGUCUUACAGGGUCUUUAAAACCGCUAAUCUGUUUCCAAGCAUGUGUUUACAUGAUAAGCCAACAGAAAGGUUGCAGGCAGGAAACGAAGAGACUUGCGAACCCGCUGCCCUUCACCACUUUUAUCAGGCCGAGUCACUCUCUCGGCUCCAGAUGCUUCUCGAUGACAUUGCUAAAUGCGGUACAUGUUCUUUUGUGUCAUCAGCUCUUCAUUUAUUUGUGUGUGUGUCUGGAUUGAACAUCUGUGUGACCCCUUAUGAACAGAUGCCUAACGCCACCCCAUUGAGCACAUUCUACUUAAGCAGUCAGUUAAGCACUGUGUAACGCACAAACACACACACACACACACACACACACACACGGUCUGUUGAUGGCUUUGGGCUGUUCCUUUUUGGUUGCCAUGGAGAAAUAGCAUCAACUGAAUGCUAAUAAUAAUAAUAAUAAUUAAAGAUUAUUAUUAUUAUUAUUAAAUGUAACACUAUACAUUAAGGUCCAAUUUAUCAAUAUUAUAUUCAUGCGUUAUAUAUAACAUUUAACAAUA